ACCCUGCAACCCUGUGCCAUUAGUGGUCCCCAAUAGGCGGAAUAAUUCUUAUAGUGGCGGACACAAUUACGCUUUCUCUAAUCGACAUUCUUGGGUGAAAGCUGAGCCCAAUUUUCCUCACCUUUGGCAGCUGCUGCUACAUCUCUCUUUUCCUUCAACUUUCCCUCGUCGUCUCCGAGAAGAAUAUCAUACCCACCCCACUGCAUUAAAAGCGUUUCAUACAUUUUGCAAUUCUAGUCCUGCAUUCAUGGCUUCCUCCUCCUCCUCAUCUUCUCAGGAAAGAUCAGUUGCAUCUCUUAAACUAUAUGAUGCCUUCAUCAGCCACCGAGGCCCUGACGUCAAAGAAACCCUUGCUAAACAACUCUAUGACCUUCUUAAGGAAAGAGGGUGCCGGACAUUUCUAGACCGUGAAGAGAUAGAAGGGGGAGAUUCUAUUACGUCUGCCAUUAAAAAUGGCAUAUGCUCAUCAGUUGUGCAAAUAGCAAUUUUUUCUAAAGGAUAUGCGUUGUCCUCAUGGUGUUUAGACGAGCUUGUUCUUAUGUUUCAACAGACGGAUGCCCUCUUUAUUCCUGUCUUCUACGAUGUCCAGCCCUGGGAGCUACGCCACAUCCAGAACAACAAGAAGUCACAGUAUGCUGCAGCGUUUCGUGAUUACGAAAGGAAAGGCAGGUAUCUCGAUAAGUUGGGUGCAUGGAAAGAGGCCCUCGCACGUGCUGCAGACAUAUCUGGUUAUGAACUUAGCCAGUAUCAAAAAGAUUUGUGUGAAAAGAUUGUGUCCCGUGUGCUGCAAGAAAUGGGAAAGAGGAAACCGUUACAUGUUGCGAACUAUCCGGUUGGACUUGGUAAGCUAGUCCAAGAUUUUGAAAAUUCUUGUUCGGAGACAGCGGGGACGGUAGGGAUCUUCGGACUGGGGGGGUCUGGCAAGUCCACCCUCGCAAGAGAAUUUUUUAACAGGAAGCGUUCAGGCUACGAUGAAUCAUGCUUUCUCUCCGAUGUGAGAGAAUCACAUGCCAAUAGUGAUUUGCACUCCUUGCAAAGCCAGCUCUUGAAAGAUCUCUUUCACGAUAAAUGGGAUCGUAAUAAUGUUUAUGAAGGAAUAGAAAGGCUGAAGGAUAAUUUGAGUAGGGUAGAGGAUAUGGAUUUGCAUUUCCUUAUAAUUCUUGAUGAUAUUGAUCAUCAAGACCAGUUAGAUGCCCUCAUACCUAAAGGCAUGCUAACAUGUAGCAGCCUGGUAAUUUUAACAACCCGUGACCAGAGUAUGUUAAGGGAUGCAGAUAUCCAUUAUAAGAUGAAGGGAAUGGAUAAGGAUGAUGCUAAGGAGCUCUUCUGUAGCCACGCUUUCGGUGUUGAGGGGUGCAGAUAUCCACCCACUGCAUAUGAGAAAUUAAUUGAAAGCUUCGUGGAAUUCUGUGGAGGUUUACCCCUCUCACUCAUAGUUUUGGGCGCCCAUGUUUAUCGUAGGGAUGAGCAUUAUUGGGAGCAAGAAUUGGAAAAAGUUCAGAAAAUUCAGCCCAAGGAUAUAAUGCAAAGACUCAGGAUUAGCUUUGAUGGUCUGGACGGAGAGGAGAAACAGAUAUUCCUGGAUAUUGCUUGUCUUUUCAAUAAGAAACGAAAAAGGAAUUUGAAAAGUAACGCUAUAACAAUCUGGAAGGCAUCUGGCUGGAGCGCUGAGCAUGCAGUUCAAACCCUGCAAGAUAGAUGCCUACUAGAAGUGAGCGGUACAGACGACUUCCAGUAUUUUGAGAUGCACGAUCACCUGCGCGAUUUGGGAAGACAAAUAGCAGAUGAGUUGAGCCCUCCUCGCCUGUGGCGACCAGAACUCCUGAGAUCUAUGGAAGCAAAAGGAUUUCAACAAAUCCUUGCAGAAACAAAUGGCGGCAGGUGCUUCCAUUCAUUCGAGGAUUCGUCCCUUGGAAUUAUUACUUUUUUUAUAGCUGAGACUGAUCUCCUGUGGCUUGAAAUGAGGGGACCAUUUUUUAACAUUCCAUCCUGGAUUCUUCUACGGAAAUUGCACUGUUUACAUAUUGAGUCUGUGCAAGAAUUGUGGAGCACAUUUCAGCAACAGUUGCAGACCUAUACCCAGGCCACUUUCCAAUUGAGAAGGUUAUCCAUUUGGUGCAGUAAUUAUUUGGAAAAGCUUCCAGAUUUAAUAGAAAAGUUCACUCACUUGGAAGAAUUGGAUAUAUUUCUUUCAGAAUCUAGCACAGAUACAACAUCCUUCGUCCAAUCACUUGGACGACUUAGUAAGCUUAGAUCAUUGAGCUUGGCGUGUAUGAACUUCGACUUCAGUGAGGAGCUGGACCUGAGCAAAGGUAAUGUGGAUUCUUCUACAAGCAGCCGCAUGGAUAGCCUUGAAACCAUACGCCUUGCUAAUCUUCAUCAGACAUCCAAGUUGAUAAUCAGUGGAGAGAUGUGUCCCAGACUUCGAACGCUUAGAGUUGACCAGCUGGGAAAUCUAAAAGAAAUGGAAUUAAAGCAUCUAAAGAGACUGAAUACACUGAGAGUGGAGAGCUGUACAAAUUUAGAAACAAUAUCAGAUUUAUCCACUGUAUCAGGGCUUCAGUUUCUUAAAGUGAGUUCUUGUUUCAAAUUGGAAACAAUAUCAGGUUUAUCUAAGCUAACAGAGCUUCAAGUGUUAAAAGUACACAGCUGUUGGGUGUUGAAAUCCUUGCCGACCCUUGUAGAUCUACAUAGUCUGGAGGAAAUAACGAUUGUUGGAUGUGUUCAACUGCAGAGACUGAAUACUCUUCGACUGUGUGAUUGUUCCAAUUUGAAAUCGUUGCCGACCCUUGCGCAUCUGCCUCGUCUUGAGACAAUCAAGAUCAGAGGAUGUCCUCAGCUGCAGAGUUUCGAAGGGGUGGAAGAGUUGCCAGGAUUGAAAAGUCUGCUAAUUGAAAUGCCCGAGGAUGGAUAUUUUGCAUGGGUACGAAAUUGCAUAUGUGGACUGAGGAAGCUGUCGGUAAAGAAAAUCAUUUUGGCACAGAAGUCAAUGGAUAGAGCAUCGUCCAAAUUGAAUGCAAAUUUCUUUUCUAAGGUGAUCGGCGCCCAAGCAGUAACUGAGAUAGACAGAGGAAAGUAUACACUGAAGAUUGAAAGCUCAUCGAGUGCAAUCACUAUAUAUGCUUUGCUUGUAACACCGAAUUAUGGUUAUAUAACAUUUGAACCAUCGACUUGUACUUUUAUAACAUUUGAACCUAAAGACAAAUUUUUGAUAUCCGGUGGAGGUGGAGGUGGAGGUGGAGGGGAUAUGCUAAUUACAGUUUUACUCACCCAGCAUCAUAGUGAAGGUAGACUAGAUGGUAAUGUCACAAUAAAGAAGGGGUUUAAGGCCACAGUGAAAGUUGGGGAAGAGGGUAAAGCCUUAACUGUCUUUGAUAGAUUAUACAGACCAAGAACAAACUUGGCAGCAUAUGCUGCGGUAAAGCGAAAACGAAAGCAAAAGCAUUGAAAAGUGUGAUCAAUUUGUUUUGACUAUUUACUGUCAAAAGCUCGUCAUCUUUGUUUUAUUGAAGUAUUUGAUUUCUAAUA